CGUUGGGACAUCACGGAGAGCCUGCACAUAUACUGCCGUAUUGUCCAACGGCGAGACUGACACGAGAAAAAUAGCAACAAAGACCGUGAAGCACCAAUGCGAGUCAACCCCCAAAGCGCUUAAAUUAAUUCCUUGCAAAAGCUUAUUUGAACGUCUAUUUAAAAAUCUUCUACGUCUUUCACCAACUCAUCCAAUCACGUGUCUCUCUGCUUCUCACAGCUCAACAGCUUGCUAUGUAACACAAUUUUCUUAACAAAUAUUGACAUUAUCGCUGUUGUUGUUGUUGUGGCACAUAACAGAAUAAGUGCAUGUGCAUCUGUCUCUCUGUUAAGGAGGAUAUAUGCUUGCAAGUCCCGUCUGCUCUUUCCUCACAACAGGACACUUUGCAGCUCAAUUUCCCAGAGCUGCAGCCUGCAGCCGAGGCGCAGCACCAUACGCAUGGGAAAAAUAUGAACAUCAGCAGCAGCAGCAACAGGGGAAGUGGGGCUGAGGCCUCCCAUCCAGAUGCUUGGCCCAGCAGCCAAGCCCUUCUGAACAUGAACCACUAUGCCAAUAAGAAGAGUGCAGCUGAGAGCAUGCUGGAUGUGGCUCUGCUGAUGGCUAACGCUUCCCAGCUAAAGGCUGUGCUGGAGCAAGGGCCAAACUCCUCUUUUUACACCCCCAUCAUCAUCCUAAUCAGCAUCUCCCUCUGUCUGCAGGUCACAGUUGGAAUCCUGCUUAUCUUCAUAGUUCGAUGGAACCUAAACGAUGCACAAAAGCACCGGAGGCUGAAUUUUAUGGAAAACUUGUCUACAGGCCUGAUUUUUAUGAUAGUAGUCGUCAACGUUUUUAUCACAGCCUUUGGAGUCCAUAGGCCGAACCGCGGCAACUAACCAAGAACACACACACACACACACACACACACAGAGGUAUUCUUUCUCUUUUUGCUAAUCACAUAUAUUCUUUAUGUUCACCCUCUUUCUCUGCCCUCCUCUCUCUAUACAAUCAGGUUAUUUUCUCUCUUGCCUUACUGUGCAGUUUGCUCCUAUAGACAUCCAUGUAGUCAGCAUUUUUUUGUUUCUCUCCUCUCCUGUCCUGACCUUCACAAUCCCCUACCUGACCUACAAACACACUGACCUGAUCCAGGCUCUCAGAGAAGUUUCCACCGGAAAACAACUCAAGAACAAAAUCCAAUCCACUGUUCAUUUACCAGAAAACCAUUGUCCUGUACUGCAGAAAAACAGAGAGAGAAACAGCAGCAGAGACAAAGGGGUCUGGUACAUAAACAACAUAACUUUUGUUCCUAGUGGACAAACAGGAAAGUGGAGACAACAGCAGUCAAGCACGUGACCUCACACUGUCUGUCUCCUUUGCUGCCCGAGAGUGACCCCGAGCACCGGCCGGACACAAACGCACCACCACAGUUACACACACGCAAAUGCUGAGCGCUGAACAGGCUUCAAUUUUUAAUGGCACUGAUGACGUUCCAUGUCACGCCUAACAUUCAAUUACAACGAUGUUUGGUUGUGCCACGACUCUCUGUGCUAUGAGUGCCUGUGAUUCUCUGGACCAGCAGCUGGUGAGUCAGAGUCAACACAGCACAGACCCCAGCAGAACUGCUUGUUAAAAUGGAAGCCUUAAUUAGACUGUGUUAGAGCGAUGUCACUGAAACCCCAAUUAGAGGCCAAGCAAAUGCUCAAUUUAUACACUUGAGUGGUUUAACAGCAGUUUGAGCCUGUUUCGCAUAAUCAUCUGUUAAACACCUCGAGAAUAUUCAUGUUUGCAUCUCUAAUGUCUUCAACGUGACUGUGACAAAGCACCUUUGAGAUGACAAACCAGUGUCACAAUCUGAUCCUCUUCCUCCUCCACAACUAUCAUUGGUAACCGUGGAAACUGCCAGACGAGCCGAGAGCCAGAUUCAUGACACACACAGCUCCACUCAGGGAAGAUCUGUAGACUGAUAUAUAUUUAUACAUAAUGCAUGUCUAUGGCUCCUACACUUCUGGCUCUGUCUCAGUCCUAAAGUGUGACAAACUGGCUCAGUGGGGGUCCAACGUCAGAAAGGAAUACUUUUUGGUUGUGUAAAGCAAGACUAUAAAUAGCUUUCUUGUGGGAUUGUGGAUGCCAGUAUUCAAACUGGACAUCCCUGUGACUCUUCCAACCCGAUUUAACACCUCCCCAUCCCUCUGCUGACUCCCUUAUCUGACUCUUUCUUAUCUGCUGCAGUGAAGACAGAGGCUGAAAAGUGCUGCUCAGUGACACAAAUCUCCUGAGAUCAGACACCCGAACUCUCCUCCUGAGCUGCACUGUAUAUACAGUCUUUGACAUGGCCAUUUUCCCACUGAUUCAUCAUCAUAAAGAAAUACUUGAAAGGGCUUCGAGUGAGUAUAAAAUGCAUCCGCCCUGCACACGUCUUUCUCAAGCAGUCAACAGUGUAAUGUAGCAUUUAAUUAGGUUUGUUUUAUUUGUUCAAUCAAUUUGAUUGCCAUUAUUAAUUAAUGCAGGCUGUCUGUUGCCCUCAUUUGUCAUUGUUACAGCACACAAGAACAUUUUCCAUCUACCUUGUUUUCCACUUUGCUGUACUGAGUGAGGGAGCAGUGCCCUCUAGUGUAUUUAUUUAUUAGUGAGAUGGAUGUUUUAUCCUCUUCUUUAUUUCAUGUUCACAGAAGACAAAACGGCUCCAGACACAAAACUAGAGAAGCUUAUCACUGUACUGCUCAUUACUGUGACUCUUCCUUUGACUACCGUACCACACAGUAUUUGGUGCUUAUUAAUUGUAAACUUUUCAAAGCAUAUCUUUUCCUUUUUGUCACACCAGAUUAAA